UCAUUGGAAUUAUUGUCAUGGUAGGUUGCAAUGUUAAAGGCGAAACAGAUGAUUUUCAAAAGCAGAUAAUGUGUACAUAUACACAGGAAACAGACGGACUAAGCGUGGACUGCUCUGGCCUUGAUUUGCAUUCCAUUCCCGAUUUUUGUAACAGCAACACCACGAUUGAUCAUUCCAUUCCACCUAGUGAAAUAAUCAACCUUGAUUUAUCUUACAAUGCAAUAAGUAGUAUCGUGCAAAACCCGUUUCAUUGCCUGUUCAGCCUCCGGGUUUUGAAUUUAAAAAACAACAAAAUAACAUUUUCCAAUUACAACGAAAGCUUGUUUGCACCAUUGGCAUCGUUGCGUCAACUAAAUCUCAAGAACAACCGAGAUGGAUUUUUCAAUAGUAUAGUGUUAGCAGAGUUGCAAAGUUUAGAAGUGCUCCGGAUGGAUGCUUCCAGUGAAAAUCAGUUCGGAGAACCUUUUGCAUUUUUGAAGUCGUUGCAUACACUUGAUCUUUCUGGAAGAACAGGAAAGUGUUACUUAUGGCACAUAAAAAAUACAACAUUUGAGAAUUUGAUAUAUCUGAAGGUAUUAAACCUUUCUUCGUGCAAGAUAAAAAAUAUCGAUAAUGGCACUUUCAGCUUAUUUCAAAAUCUGACUGAAUUAUAUCUAUCCUAUAACCAAGAACUGGGUUUCCAAGCAUUACAAAAUAUAACAUUUAAUCUGAAAAACACUAAGAUUGAACGACUAUAUUUAGACAACAUCCGGUGCUUCAUGGGGCCGGGAACUACCCUUUGUCGUGAACACUUGGCGGAACUCUCACAAACCUCUAUUAAAGAGUUAAACUUGGCCGGAAAUAGACUGGAAUGGAUGGAAAUGGGUGUUCUGAAAAACUUACCGGAAAGCCUGGAGAAUUUUUCAUUAGCAUAUAACAGACUUUCAACCGGGAUGUAUUCAUUUGAAUACAGUUUCCUCGCCGGUUUGAAAGAAAUAGAUCUAAGCCACCAGCUAAAUCCUCCUAGUAUCAUAACAAAAGUAUUCCAAGCCUGCAACGAAAAUCAAGACGAACAUAUUUGUUCUACGGAAUAUGUUUCAGAUCCAUUUAUUAAAAGUGAGCAAUUCGAAAAUAAGCCAGGUUUGAUACUAACAUUUACCUUUCCACCUAAACUUGAGGUGCUGCUCUGGGAAUCAAGUCGCUUAUAUGGAAGAUUAAUGAGCUUUGGAAUAAAGACAGCAUCUUUGAGAUCGAUCUAUAUGAGGAACAAUAUUUGGUACAACUGGAUUGGUCCCCUAUAUGGAUUUGAAAAUGUCACAACGGUAGAUCUAUCGAUGAACUUUUGUAACAACCUUUCUACAGAAUUUUUUACGUAUUUCCUUAAUGUCAGAAGGUUAAACAUGUCAGGGAACUAUCUCGGCAAAAGUCUAUCUCUCGACCUCACAGGAGGGACAUUUAAAAAUCAGUUAAAUUUGGAACUAUUAGAUUUAUCAAGCAAUGGAAUUGAAAUUCUCCAUACAGAUAUUUUUGCGAACGCCUCAAAUAUAAAUCAUCUGAUACUAAAUGGAAACAGAUUAUACAAGUGGGAUGUCAAAAUCGACCACAUGUGGAACAUGACCUUUCUUGAUCUCUCCGAUAAUCGCCUGACAAGCUUCGAACCAACAGCCAUUCAAAAUCUGGAGUAUCUUUUCAAUAAUGGAAAUCCAAAUUUAACAGUGGACUUGGCUAACAACCGACUCUCCUGCAGCUGCAAAAACAUCAAAUUCCUAAUAUGGCUUGUAUCAUUUAAGUCCCAUUUCAAAAAUUUUGAAAACUACACAUGCUUGGAAGACUCAUCUCCCCUUCAGCAAUCUCUUGAUAUGUUAAUAACAGAUUGUAAGUCUUUCCUUCUCUGGUAUAUCGUUGGCUCCAUUUCUGGUACUUUAGUAAUGAGUUUGACCGUCAGCUAUCUGAUUUAUAAAAACCGAUGGAAAAUACGAUACAUCAGAUAUAUUGCCAAUAAAAAACUUCGUGGGUAUCAUCGACUUCAGUCUUGCUCUGAUGGAGAUUUCGAAUUUGACGCUUAUGUUUCAUAUUCUACUGAAGAUCUAUCAUUUGUGAAAAACGAAAUGAUUCCCAACAUAGAAGAGCAAUCUGAUAUAAGACUAGCAAUAAUGCAGAGAGAUAUGGAACCUUGUGGCGACCACGCCACAAAUAUAAUGGACUACAUCAGCAGAAGUAAGCGAACUGUAUGCGUGGUUUCCAAAAACUAUCUGGAGUCGGACUGGCAGGAUUACGAGUUAAACAUGGCCAGAAUGGAGGGCAUCAGUUCACGGAAGUCGCUCAAGUUUGUGUAUCUUAUACUUAUGCCAGAUGUUUGUCAGUCGAAGUAUCCAAGGAAAGCACGUGACUUCAUCAAGAAAGGUUGUUUCAUAGAGUACCCCGAUGAUCCUCUUGGUAAUAUGGUGUUUUGGGAAACUUUGAAAAAAGAAAUACAAAAAGACAUGUUGCUUGCUUCUGUACUAUAGUUUAUAAAAAAUCA